UGCAUCUGACUAUGUGCCAUGUAGUGUUAGUAGCUCACGAACCGUGGUUGAGUUUAAAGAUGAGCUUCAGUUUGUCACCUAUUUUACUACUAGCCUGUUUUGGUGGGCUUGGGGCCAAGGCUCAAGAUGCUCUAAUUUUUCAAACCACCAGUAGCUCUUUGGAUUUAGUUGGUACUACUGGGCCACCACCAAUUUCGGCGGCGAGCUCCAACAACUGGGUGCUGGUAAACAACAUGAGAGUGCGAGGCGGGAUAACACCGUUUGUUCCAGCUCCGCCACCGACACCAGAGUUCCUGGACUGCUUCGGAAGGUGCCCUACCACUCCGCAGUAUACCCCUAUUUGUGGAAGCAACAUGCAGCUUUACCUGAAUGAGCAAAAGUUUAACUGUGCUCGUUUUUGUGGGGCAGAUAUACAGAUCGUACGCAGAGGAAGUUGCGAGGGCCUCUUUCAAAUGACGCGCGGAUGAGAAGCUUUUACCCGACAGUUAUUUUCCAAAAUCAGUGUAUUCCCAGAUGAGAUGAUGAGCUCCGAGUUCAUGGAAAUUUGAUAAGAACCUAAGUGAUGACAAACUAUGUAAAUAGACAAUGUAUGUGACCUAAUACUUAAGUAAACUUAGGAAUAUAUAAAGUAUACACAUGAUUUCUGAUAA